AUGCACGCCUUUCCGUUCUUUAUAGUCCUCUUCAAUUCUAUCCAUUCUCCACUCUCAACCUCACUGCCACUUCAGAAAAGGAAAACACAAGCCUUGCUUUGUUUAUUUCUAGUCUUCAACGUGCCAGGACUCACCCUUGGAGACACUAUUCCGAAUCUUGAAGUUGAAAGCACCCAUGGAAUCAUCAAACUCCAUGAUUAUAUAGAUACCUGGACCAUUCUUUUCUCCCACCCAGGCGAUUUCACGCCAGUGUGCACCACUGAACUUGGCCAGAUGGCUGCUUAUGCUCCAGAGUUCAGUAAGAGAGGGGUUAAACUAUUGGGUUUGUCCUGCGAUGAUGUUCUUUCCCACAUUGAGUGGAUUAAGGACAUUGAAGCAUACACCCCAGGAAGCAAGGUGACGUAUCCAAUUAUUGCAGAUCCUAAUCAACUUAACAUGGUGGAUCCAGAUGAGAAAGACUCCUCGGGGGACAAUCUCCCAUCUCGGGCUCUGCAUAUUUUGGGUUCUGAUAAGAAGAUCAAGCUAAGCUUUCUUUAUCCAGCAAGUACGGGCAGGAACAUGGAUGAAGUGAUAAGGGUCUUGGAAUCCCUGAAGAGGGCAGCAAAACACAAGAUUGCGACUCCUGUAAAUUGGAAACCAAGGGAUCCGGUGCUAAUCUCUCCUAGUGUGUCAAAUGAUGAGGCCAAAAAGAUGUUUCCCCGGGAAUACAAGACUGUUGACCUUCCUUCAGGGAAGGAAUACAUGCGCCUUACCAAUGUCUACUAGACUACCCAUCACCAGCUAUAUACAAUGUAGAUUCUCUUUGUAUAAUUCUCACUUAUGUAAUGCUAUAUAAUUUCAGACGCCUUAAUUAGAUAUGCUGUCUGCCUUUACCUAGACGCUGUAAAUUAUUGCUUCAGUGCUAAAAAAGGCCCAAGUUUAAUAAAUUGAGGGUUCAAUCCUGCUA